AUGGAGGCUUUGAUCCAGCAGGAGUUCAGUGCCGAUGAGCUGGAACUCAAAAAACAGAUGUUGCUGUUCUUCCGACCUUUAUACGGGAGACAAGCACAGCGAUUACUGGAUGAAUUCGCGGAUGGGAAAUUGAACGAGGUUGCGGAAGCCCUUACGCUUGGAGGUCCUCACCCUCUGAUAUCUUCGAAAGAGGUCACACAGGAGGUCCCUGGCACCCAAGACGUUGGCGACAAACACCGCGAAAAGCCUGACACAGGCCAUCCUGCAACAAACGACCAGAUUCCCCGAACGGCCGAGCCGGUGACAGAGAGUCUUCCGGAAAAGCCGGUGAGACUCGUUGUUCAGGGGAAAGAGAAACAGCGCCUCUUGGAUGCCGAUCGCAGUGCUCCUCAUCAGCCAGGCACCCCCACAAAGCCCAGACUUCAAGAGAGAGAAGAACAGCAAGGCUCGUUGAAGAUCGCAGACCUUGACCCUGCUUGUGUCAAAGAACUCGAAGCCGCGGACGCCAGACUCGAUCCGGUUAUUGUUGAGGAUAUUGAUGUUCGCUCCUUGAGCUUUGACCUAUCUCGAGUCCUUUUCAAUCCAGGCGUCUAUCAGUUACGGGAUCCGCGGUCUCGCGUCUACAACUUUGACCCGUACCUAGAAAAAAUCAUGCCUGUCACCGAAUUCAACUUCGAUGCCUUGAACGAGUACAUUACUUCCUCCGACGACGGGAAGCUGCGUGGGUUAGCCCUGCAGAACAAUCAACGCUACACCGGCUCCUCGUCCAGCAUGACAUCUACCAUAGCCCAAUUCCACUUUCUCAUUUCGGCUUUCCGCGAGAUCAAUCUGGACAGCUUGAGCAGGGGCUUUAAACCAGAUUCGACCAACUUCACAAGACUGACUAGAGCCCCCAGCGCGGUCUUCCUUCGCUGGCGCGACGGAGUCUACGCCCUCGAUGCAGACAAAGAAUUUGAUAGCGCCAACAUCCUGAUGAGUUUGGGACGGUCUCUUGAAAAGCUCUUAACUCUCGAGAAGGACGAUUUUGAGAAAUACAGGAAGUCGGCUCGUGGGGGAGCCAAUUUGGAGGCAGAGAAGCCCGAACAGUAUCACUAUGGACGUAUCGGCAAAUUUCUCAUGAGAUCGCAGCUCGAUGCUUAUGAUUCUCGCCUGCCUGGCAGCGGUAUGUUUGACUUGAAGACACGCGCCGUGGCAGCGGUUCGCAUGUCUCUUGACGAUCACGAGCCUGCGCAAGGCUAUCAAAUCAAGGAGCGAUUCGGACAAUGGGAAUCUUAUGAACGCGAAUACUACGACAUGAUACGAUCGGCGUUCCUCAAAUAUUCUCUCCAGGUUCGUAUGGGGAGGAUGGAUGGCAUCUUUGUGGCCUUCCACAACAUCGAGCGGAUGUUUGGUUUUCAAUACAUCUCACUCCCAGAGAUGGACAUGGCGCUACAUGGCCAGACAGAUCCAACCCUGGGCGACCGCGAAUUCGGUUUCAGCGUCAAGAUCCUGGAAGAUGUCUUUGAUCGCGCAACGGCGAGAUUCCCAGGUCAGACGCUCCGCUUCCAUUUCGAAACGAGAGAAGCCACAGCGAAGCUGGAGCCUGUUCCAUACAUGAAUAUUUUCGCGGAGCCUAUGUCCGAGGAGGAUGUGGAUGAAAUCCAACGUGCUAGUAAGGAGGAGAUGGCAGCUUAUGAGCAACGCAUCUUCAAUGGACUUGAUCCCAAGGGCGACAAAGCGAUGGGGGAUCAGCCUUCGACAAACACAGAUCUCACAGAAGAAGAGUCGCAACUUUGGGAGCCAGCGACUGAUGGGUCCGAAACCGCUAGUUCUCACCAACAGCCGGAAGGUGCACAGGAGGGUGUAGCGAAACAGAGUGAGGGUUCAACGAAGGUCACGGGGGCGACAAGCAGUAUCCAGACCAGCGAUGCAAAUGUCGACUUUCUUGAGAGUUUAUCAGAGCUCGAGUUCUCCUCGGCAAACGAGGGUACACCUUCUUCAGGCCCGAGCGAAGGCCAUGACGAUUCGUCCAAGCCUUUGAUGGCAUUCAAGGUAAUGGUGCGCAGUUCGGUCAAUGGCAAGCCAGUAGGCCGUCCAGCGAACCUUGGGGCCAGCGAUGAUUGGAAACUUGAAUACACUAUCGAGGAGCUGCCAGCGGUUCGAGCGGCUUCGAAGUAUAGGCUGUGUAAGAGCAGACGUGCCGCCGCGCUGAAAUUAGCAAUGCAGGAGCGGGACGGCAGGGACUACUUUCGGGAGCGGCUGCUGCGCAUGAGUCAGGCUGGCGAAAAGUGGCGGCAGCAACAAGACGAGCUGGAUGCACAGCGAGAGCAAAUCGUCCUCUAUGGUCUCGAUGGGCAAGGCCAGCGGCAGGUCCCUAAUGGGUCAAAUGUACAACAGCAGAUACAAGAAUAG